AUGUUAUUUGUGGCCCGGCGACAUACUGAGGAGUCCCAGCUAGAGCCAAAGAGGGCCAGAAUGAAUUUUCAUCCAACCUUGAGUUUUUCAGAAGAAGACAAGAUCGGAACCAUCCAGCCCCACGAUGAUGCGCUGUUGAUCACUCUCAGAAUCGAGGACUACGAUGUGAAAAGAGUGAUGGUGGAAGGUGGCAGUGGAGCCGAGGUUAUGUACCACGACCUCAACAAGGGGCUGGGGUUAAAACCGGAAGAUUUGAUGCCCUAUAACUCUCCUCUGGUGAGCUUCGACGGGAAGCUUGUCAUUCCGAAGGGCAUGAUUAGGCUACCUAUCCAAACCGGCCCAGAGAUAGUGGAGGUGAACUUUAUCGUGGUGGACACCUACUCUCCCUAUACAACCAUCGUUGGUAGGCCCUGGCUCCAUACCUUAGGGGCUGUUGCUUCCUCAUUGCAUCAGAAGUUGAAAUUCCCGUCAUAG